AUGGGCAAUCGUGAUGAGUUUAUGCUCGCGACUAACGAUUUUCAAGAAGAAAUAUAUAUUGAAGGUCAAGGCAGGAUUUUUGUUGACCAUUUGUUUGAUGUACAUGAAAAUACAAGGGAUCAAGCGUUUGAAUUAAAAAUGAGGAUGACAGCCUACUGGAAAAUUGUUUUGAAACGAGUAGUGGAUUGCAUGGUGCUUCGGAUUCGGUUUAUGAUACAAAAAUUGGUGAAUGUGGAGAUACAAAAGGAGAUAGUGAAUGAGGUGAUGUUGCAUGGUGGUGGUGUAGAAAAGAUUAUGGAGGAACUAUCACCAGAGAGGGUGAGGCUACAAAGAAGCGUUGGAUUGGUCCAGGAAUCAAUAGGUUUCAUCGAAAAUGUCAUGGAUGUCAAUUUAGUUUCAGCCCAAGCUCUUUCAGGGGAGGAAGACGAGCAUAAUUAA